CAAAAUGCUGUAAGCUAAACGCGAAUCGUGCUGUUGCAGUGCAAUAUUGUCAAACUGAUGCUAUUAUGAUACAACUUCCAGUAGUACAUUAUUACCAGUCUGUGCAAAAUAACAACUUACUGCGUGGGUCACUGUAAGAGUAUCGUUUUUCACAAUUUCAGUCAGUUUAUUUCCAUGAAUUUUGUUAGCAUCUGAAACACAGUUAUUAUGGAAUAAGAUCGAGGUUGUUUUAUACGAUUUUGUCAAGACUCAGUCUCUGGAAGUGCGGAGUGGACAAACUGCACUCGAAAACUGUUACCUUCCGCGGCGGCCUGAAUCUCCUGUCUAUCGGGUAGGCUGAUUGCGGGAACCAUAACCGGCGGAUGCAAUAUCAGUGUGACAUUGGGUGUUUGAACACAAGGCGAGGUCUAUAGGAACAGCGUGUUUUGCGACACUUGAUGCCAUGUUUCGGAUAACGACGCUAUUGCCUGCACUAGGGUGUUUUUUGUUAUUUUGUGGAAAGUCGCCACAGAAUGGCGUUUUUUGUCAGCUAUGGGGAAUGGGAACGGACAAUGCCACCCAGCAGAAGGUUCCGACUAGGAAUAACUCUGGCACUCGCCAUUGCCCUUGUGAAAAUGCCGAUUUAUGUAAACCUAUUCCGGCGCGAUCCAUUGCCAAAAAGGAAGUCUAUGGAUUCGCAACAAACACCAAGAAAGAGGUUUAUCUCAAAUAUGACUGGUCUAAAUUGACUUCGUUAGCCAUGUGGGAAUUUACGGAUGAACUGAUGUGUUAUGCUCACAGUAAAGGGGUGCGGCUUGAUUUGGUAGUAUCUGAAAUUCCCAAAGACAAAUUGACCGAUCCGGAAUGGCGAAAGACUUACAUUCAGCAGAAAGUUGAUAUCAUCACCAAUGGUUUUCUGGACGGUUUGAAUUACGAUCCCGAGUACGGCAUUGCUCUGGGCAGCCCUGAACGUCAAGCACUUGUUGAUCUGGUCAAUGAAACCAGACUGGCACUCAAAAAAGUACUUCCGGACUCCAAGGUCAGUUUCGAUGCGGCAUGGGCUUCGUUUUGCGUGGAUGAUCGCUGUUAUGAUUACAAAGGACUUUCCGAUGCGGCUGAUUGGCUGUUUAUCAUGUCCUACGAUAUUCAGGGGCAGAUCUGGGGUCCGGAUUGUAUUGCCAUGUCCAAUACGCCCUACGAUAAAAUGGUGGAUGGCAUCAGCGGAUAUUUAUCAUUAGGCAUUUCUCCGGAAAAAAUGGUGUUGGGUUUACCUUGGUACGGUUACGAUUAUCCGUGCGUCAGUUUAUCUGACCAGAAGGAUAUCUGCGAAAUUCCAAGGGCAACCUACCAUGGUGCCCCCUGCUCGGACCUGGUCGGCAACCAGAAACAGUUUGAUGAGAUAAUGAUUUUAAUGGAGAACAGUACAAAUGGUCGGCAGUGGAAUUUGGAUGGAGAGGCACCGCAGUUCAAUUACAAGAAUGCUACUGGACAUAUACGGCAAGUGCAUUACGAUGAUCCGCAGAGUCUGGUGUUACGAUAUUUGUUCGCGGUAUCUAACAACAUGCACGGCGUGGGAUUUUGGCACGUGGGCUGCAUGACUAAUAUGGAAACUCCGGAGAAGAGUGCCCUGCGGAAGCAGAUGUGGGAUUUGGUUCCCAGUGCUGCAUCGUGGGAUCGUUACGUGGCCGAGCACCAGUCCAAUGCCACAGCCAAAUUAAGCCGUCAUCGAUGAUGGCACUCUUGCGAAGACGGGUUUAAAUGGAAGGUACUGAAGCGUGUUACACGUGGUUUUGAUGCUCUUUUAAUUGUGGACCAGUUGAUCUGGCAAAUCGUUCUCAUUUGACACUGUCUUUCAUUAGUUUUGUUAAACAGUCCCAUGAAUCUUCAUUCCCAUUUUAAGUGAUUCUUUUUCUGAUACCGGAAUUAAAUAAAAUGAAUUUCAUCGG